AGUACCGCCUCCCAUUGCUGCUGUCUCCAUCGCCACACUCUGCCAUGUGCCACUUUCAGGUCUCCUCACACUCCUGCUGGGUUCCAUUUUGUCAUAGGAUGCUGGCAGAUUACGGGCGUCUCCCAUUGCUGCUGCCAGGCCUGUAAUCUGCCAUGGGUCCCUGUACCGCCUCCUCACGCUGCUGCCAGGUCCACAGUGUGUCAUGGGUCCCUGUACGGCCUCCCAUUGCUGCUGUCUCCAUCGCCACACUCUGCCAUGUGCCACUUUCAGGUCUCCUCACACUCCUGCUGGGUUCCAUUUUGUCAUAGGUUGCUGGCAGAUUACGGGCGUCUCCCAUUGCUGCUGCCAGGCCUGUAAUCUGCCAUGGGCCCCUGUACCGCCUCCUCCUGCUGCUGCCAGGUCCACAGUGUGUCAUGGGUCCCUAUAAGGCCUCCCAUUGCUGCUGUCUCCAUCGCCACACUCUGCCAUGUGCCACUUUCAGGUCUCCUCACACUCCUGCUGGGUUCCAUUUUGUCA